UAUUGGGACAUCGACACAAUUCUAACAUUUUUGGCUCUAUACGCCACCACAAUGGAUUUCAAAUGAAACGAACAAGAUGUGCUUUAACUGCAGACUGUCAGCUUUAAUUUUUAUGGGUAUUUACAUCCAAACCAGGUGAACGGUGUAGGAAUUACAACAGUUUGCAUAUGUGCCUCCCACUUGUUAAGGGACAAAAGUAAUGGGACAGAAUAAUAAUCAUAUAAAUAUAUAUAUAUAUAUUUUAAAAAAAACAGUUCAUUUUCAUUAUUGUAGCAAGCAAAACUAAGAAAAUAUGCCAUAUGGAUUUUCAGUUUCAAAACUUGAAUUUGGUUCUACAUGCAGAAUAAAUUUAAGUUACCACCAAAAUUUGCAUUGAGGACAUAGAACCACUCACAUGCUUGUUGUGAAGAACAGAGAAUACCUAACAGAAUAUGAUCAUGUGAUUAUACAGCUCUGAUGCUGCAAUGUUAUGGAAUUAGUGAUUUUUAGUCUUUUUGUAAUAUUUGAAAUUCUUCUCACAUUAUGGUAUACAGGCAUAUAUAGGAAAAUGUCUGCUCAGGAGAAAAAAAUGUGGUCUACCACAUCCAACCAAUCAGAACACAGCAACUCAUGAGCUAUAUGUAGAUUCAAAAGUGGAGGGAGGGAUAUUUCAAGGGUCCUCAAACUUUUUACACCAAAGACUCCUUUAACUUAAAAAAAGAAAUUAAAUUCCAUGAACCCCUUCAGCACAGAUUUAUUUUAUGGUCCUAAUCCCAAACUAUUCAAACAUUAGCCUCAUUAUUUAAAUGUAUACAAUAAUAUUUCGGCUAUGUGUUUAGAGCCAAGUUGAACCUUCCAUUGUAAUUCACCUCACAGCCAGCAAGGGGCUCCAAUAAAAAGAACUGUCUCUACCUCUAGCCUGUAAGUUCAACAAGGUUCUGUGGAUUGGUUAAAGUUCUGUCUUUCAAACAGACUUCACAUGUCACAUAUAACUCCAUAUAACUUGUAUACACUGGAACUAAAUGUUUCUUCAGGACCAUGGUGCAAGACACAACAGUACAGGAGCACGGUACACAGGGCUAGAGUAAAAUGAAAAUGCACAACAGGACAAAUAAAAUUAUAUAAACAGAUCUACACAAACCCUUCAAGUGCUUCCAAAGAACGCUUUCUGGUGGUAGAAAUCAAGAGCCACUGAAUAUGUAGGUCUGAGUGACGAGAACAUCAAGCGCCAAAUCGGAAGUCCAAGUGCAUAACUCAUGAAGAGGUAGAGACCCUACGAGGGGUGGGUGGAGCACAGUAACCCUAUAUGAACCUCACCAUUAAAGCUGGAUUCUCAAAGACGCAAUGACCACCAGGCGCUCUGCCAUCGAAGAUGACCUCUCCUGCCCAAUAUGCGGGAAGAUUUUUCAAGAGCCUGUGGUGCUUUUCUGCAAACACAGAUUCUGUAAACCCUGCCUGGAGAGCAGCUGGGGUGGUGGAGGAGCUUGUGAGUGUCCACUCUGCUGCCAGCCGUCGUCCAUGGGGGAACUCAUAGUUAGCACAAUGCUCAAGAAGACCUGUGAAGGUUAUCUGAAAGAACGGCGCAAGAGUAACCCCUUUGCGUGCAAGGAACAUGGUGAAUCUCUGACCUUAUUCUGUCUGGAAGAUCUACAGCCUACAUGUGUUGAGUGCAAGGAAUCAGGAAGCCACAAAGGGCAUAGAUUAUACUCUUUGGAAGAGGCUUCGCAAGAUUGUAAGGCUGAAUUGAAGACUGCUCUGAAGCCAUUGCAGGACAAGCUGAAGUUCUUCAGGAAUGUUAAAUCCACAUAUGAUCUAUCAGCAGAGCACAUCAAGAGACAGGCAGAACAUGCAGAGAGGCAGAUCAGAGAUGAAUUUGAAGUGCUGCACAAAUUUCUUCAAGAAGAAGAAGCUGUCAAACUCUCUGAACUGAAGAAAGAGGAGGCGGAGAAGAGCGAGACCAUAAUGAAAAAGAUUGAUGAGAUGGAAAACGAAAUCGCAUCCCUCACAAACACCAUCAGGUAUAUCGAAAAGGAGAUGAGCUCUCAGGAUAUCCCGUUCCUCCAGAAUUACAAGGAAACCAUAAAGAGAACUUGGCGGAUACCUGAGGAACCACAGAUGAUAUCAGGGUCUUUGGUUGACGUAGCCAAACAUUUAGGCUCUUUAAAAUUCAACGUCUGGGAGAAGAUGAAGAAUAUCAUCCAAUAUACUCCUGUGAUUCUGGACCCGAACACAGCAGCGAGCUGUUUCCAGCUGUCGGAGGACCUGACGACUCUUCAGUGCUGCUCCCAGAUCUUCAAGCUCCCGGACAACCCGGAGCGCUUCGACGUCAGCGCCGAGAUGCUGGGCGCCGAGGGCUUCUGCUCAGGCAAACACAGCUGGGACGUGGAAGUUAAAAACAACACCUACUGGGUGAUCGGAGUAGCCAGCGAGUCGGUGAAGAGGAAGGGCAAGAACGUGUUGACGCCCGCAGAGGGGUUCUGGACUAUUCGGUUGCGGAAUGGUGAGUACAAGGCUUGCUCAGCACCGUGGUCGUCUCUCACCAUGAGCAGGCAACCGGAUGUGGUGAGGGUGGUCUUGGAUAUGGACAGGUCGAAGGUGAUGUUCUAUGACCCGAGAGAGAGGACACCACUCUACACUUUCACGGACAUCAUCUCUGCAAGAGUGUUUCCUUACUUCUGCAGUGCCUGCAAGGAAUAUCCACUCAAAGUUCUUCCAAUGAAUGUGUAUGUUAAAGUGGAGCGCUAGACCUGAGCAAAAGCCUCCCUGACACACCCACACACACAUCUGAACCCGAUUUACAUUACAGAGUGGAGUGGUAAUUUAUCGACAUGGGAAAGUAACACAACUUCAAAUCCAUCCACUAGUUUACUAAGUUAGCUUCGAAUGCAGUUACAUUAAAGUGCAAAAGUUUGCACAUCCUUAGUACAAAAUGCAAAAUAAAACACAUUUAUUGUAACUAUAAAGAUACUUAGUGUGUGUAUUAGUGUUUUCCAGAUGUUCCUCUACUGAUGAGUCACAAAAACAGUCAGUGUAAGUUAAGACAUUAGUUAAGAAAAAGAUAUUCCUUUCUUAUUGUGAUAAAAAAUAUUUUCCCCAAAUUCAAUUAAAUUUUGGCUCUUUUAGAUUUGAAUUUGGAUUGUUAUCUUCUAAAAAGUCAUGAUCUUGUAAUAAAUGAUAAAUUGUAAAAUACUUACAGAUACAUUUUCUUUUCCCCUAUCCACACAUUAAAGAUCAAUUAAUUAAAUCAAAUUAAAAGAUGGAGAUUGUCAUUUUUAAAUGUGCUUCUAGACCAGAAAUAUGCACACAUUUUCAAUAUUCCCAUGCAACCAAUCUAAUCUAAUCUAAUUUCUUUUCGGCAUCUGUUUACCUUUUUUUCCACCCCAGAAAUAAGCUCCGCCCUCAGCUAAAUCAGAUCUGCCCAGAUUUGCCACUUUUCCUCUAACGUGUAACUUAUGAGGGCUUUUAAAAUUUUUAAUUGCAAUUGCAGGAAGCAAUGACUGAAUAUCAAAUACUACAUAUCAAACAUGUUAGAAAUACUAUUUUAAUAUGAAUAAUACUAAUCUUGCUCAAUAUUUUAUGUUUAAUGCUGAAGUACUCUGGACGUCUGUAAAUUAGGGGUGUUCAGUAUGAUUAUAAUAUUGAUAUUGUUAUAAAUUAUGUCACAAUACAUUUUUUUCUGAAAUAUUGUGGAUACUUUUUAUAACUCUCAUUGGAAACAAGUGAAUAAAUGUUAAAAAUUGCAAAGAUUUUAUAUAGAUUUUUUAAAAUGUUCCCUUAUUUUCAAUGUUAAAUUUUUAAAGGACAUUAAAUAACAGUAUUUUUAAACUUUUUUUUUUUAUUUUUUAUUUUUUUUUAUAUUACAUGUUUUGUAAAUCCAACACCUAUACAUAUCGUGAUACAUUGUAGAAUAUAUCAUCUUCAAGUAU